AUGUAUGGACACACACUCCGUGAGGUGACACACUCUGAGAGCCAUCACUGGCAUUUCAGUAGCCACGAGGGUGGAUCCUCUACCCACCACGCAGAGUUCCACUCGGAGGGCAGCUCCUCGUCCUCCAGCUUCAGUAGUUCGAUGCACCUGGGGCAGCUGGAGGGGGCAUCGGUGUCGAAGUCUGGCGCACAUCUGGGCCUGCCCGAAGCGCAGGACUUGGGCGGCAUCAGCGAAGUGAAGCUAGUCAUUGGCAGCAGCCAUGAUGCAAACUUCAAGUGUGUCAAAACACCAAUUCGUCUGGACUGUCCUCGUACUGCCAGUCAGGCACACAGCUAUGGCAAGCACCCUGACCAGUUCCACAUCUACACAAACUCGCACGGUGAAGUCUGCGCCGAAAGAACGGACCAUAGAGACCCUUGGGGGAGCAACUUGGUCGUGAACUGCAAGAAGAUGGGUGUGGAGCACGCAAAAGACAUGGCCAUGCCCGAGUUUCAGGCUUCGCAGCUCUUCCCUGGACUGGUGGCGAUUCCGAUUGGCAGCAGCCUUUCCUCUAGCAAGAAGUGCGUGCGCGAUCCUGGCCAUGUCACUUGUGACAACCAAGCAUCCGUGAAAGGGCGACAUGACAAGUAUCCAGAUAAGUUUGAGAUUUCCCACGAGAAGGGCAAGAUCUGCGCGACCCGCGUUGACUAUGACAAGCCGUGGGGCCUGGAUUUGGUUUUGCACUGCCUGCCCGCGAAGGGGAAGAUAGCGGACAUUGUGAGCGAUCACGAUUUCGUAUACGAGGUCCACGACUUGCACGGUGGGAGCAAAUCCGUGGAAGAGGCUUUGAAGGCGCUUGCGGGUGGCGUUGGCGCUGGAGGCGCUGGAGGUAGUGUUGGCAGGAUGCAGAUCGAAAUCGGAAGCAGCCCCGACUCUUCCACGAAAUGCGUCCCAAGUCCCGGCGGUGUGACAUGCGAUGACGAAGCAUCGCAAAUCGCCCGCGACGCGAAGUGGCCAGACACGUUCCAUGUGUAUCACCAUGGGGAUCAGAUCUGUGCACAUCGUACAGACUACGACAAACCAUGGGGGCUCCACUUGGUGCUUCACUGCCACCAUCAUGGACACACAUCGCAU